GUAUAAAUUAAAGCCAGCAGCAGUAUGUUUAAAGCAGCCAAUUGGUAUCUGACUGCAUGAAUGAAACUGGGUGAGCAAUUUCCUUCCUAAGAAGCAGCUGCCUAAAAUCACUGCAGAGGAAACAGAACUUGGAGGGGUUCGGUCACCUGGAGUGAGAAUAUGGACACCCAAAAAGAUGCACCACCUCCCAAACAGCAGCCUAUGAUAUACAUCUGUGGAGAAUGUCACACAGAAAAUGAAAUAAAAGCAAGAGAUCCCAUCAGAUGCAGAGAAUGUGGUUACAGAAUAAUGUACAAGAAAAGAACAAAAAGAUUGGUUGUGUUUGAUGCCCGAUGAAGAGAACUGAAGAUGCAUCUGUUUACCUCAAUGUAUUAUCUCAAUGUGUUUUAGAUUAUUCAUAUGUUGACUUAUAUUUGUUAUGGGCAAAUAUAUUAUUUUAUUUUGAUGUUGUAAAUUAUUGUCAGCACAAUAAAUAUUCAGUUCACA